AGGAAGACUCAGUCAGUCAUCCAAGGGCAUUCUCGUAAUUCCAUUAAUUAACUCUCAAUUUCCCACACCUAUAAAAAUCCAGCAAAUCCCAUUUUCACCCAAAAAUAGAAAACAAAAUCCCAAAAAAUUUUUACCCCCAAAAAAAAAUCACAUACUUUCCCCGCCAUUUGCUUCUUACAAUUCUUUCUUUUUCAAUCUGAUAAUUCAUAUUCAUCUCUUCUCUAAGUUCUAGGGCUUCGAAACUCUCAGCUUGAACCAAAAAAACCCUAAUUCCCUUUAAAAAAACCGCCCUCAGAUUUCCGCAUUAUUACGCUUCGUACCACUCCCUACAUGCUCUCUUCGCACUCCGAAUCAUCAUCGUCGUCACCUCGGACUCACCGGCGGUUCACCAAUCGAUGAGCUAUCCAAUCAAUUCGGGUUCGGGCUCGGGCUCGGCGGGCCAGGGCCAACGCGGAAUCGGACUCUCCAACACCAUACACUCGGAGGUCGCGCCGUGCUUGCCUCUGCCUUCGCUCCCUGUCUUCUGCGGCGCUUCCGAGCAGGACCUUCGCCUCUUCGACGAGCCUCGCGGCGGCGGUAGCUUCGGGUCGCUCAAUCGCGCCGACGUUCUCUCUCAGGCUAGUCGAAUCUCUGAUCUGCUCCGCCAAACUGACGUGUCUUACUUGAUUCUCAGAGACAAUACAAGGGCAGUUCCAUAUGGAUAUGUGGAGCCUUUAGAACUACAUGAACAAGUUCUACGAUGUAGUUCGGAAGCAUUUGAGUGCAGUACUGCAGGUCCUAUUAAGGAGCCAAUCUCUACCAGUACAGUACCUGAAAAGAAGUCCUUUGAGCAAAGCAUACAUAUUACAAGUAAAGCUCAAAGAGACUACGGGGCAACUCACAAUUAUCAACCUGACUAUGUUGUAGCUAAUAACGUAUCGACAUCAUCUUCUAGGAAACCAAAAGUAAAGAAGAAAAGUAGCGAUAAUUUCUCAUCAUCGGUUGGACCAGAUCCUGCUGAGCUUCAAGAUGCCACCAUUGGAAACUUUUGUGAGUUGUUGGAGGACUUCUGUGGUAGAGCUGAAAUUCCUAGUGAUGAUCGGGAUGAAGCAGAGUGGUUAGCAGUGCCACUUUCUGAUCUUAGGAUGCUAAUAAACGAAAUAAUGUCUAUCCGUGCAAAGAAACUUCUACAUUUGGUUCCUGUAGAUAUUCUUGUUAGGCUUUUAAGGGUUCUUGAUCAUCAAAUACAUCGAGCAGAAGGCUUGACCAUUGAUGAAUGCGAGCAUUCAGAUUCAGAUAUAGUUUCAUCAAUCUUUUGUGCUCUGGAGUCCAUUCAUGCUGCUCUAGCAGUAAUGACUUACAACCAAAUGCAAAAGCAGCUCUAUAAAGAAGAGAUUAUUGAAAGAAUUCUAGAGUUUUCCAGGCGUCAGAUAAUGGAUGUCAUGUGUGUUUAUGAUCCAUCAUAUCGUGCCUUGCAUAAACCAAGUGAAAAUGGGGGAUUUGAAGGUGACGAAGAUGAAGAGCUUGAUGCUGAACUUGGUUUGGCAAGCAAGAAACGACGUAGUAAUAAGACUGUUAGAGUGAAGAAAUCGUCAAUAAACAAGGUCUCUGCCUCUGUGAAUACUAUUCUUCAGAAAAUGUGCACUAUUCUUGGUUUUCUCAAGGAUUUGUUGUUAAUAGAGAGGUUGUCGGAUAGUUGCAUUUUACAACUUGUGAAGACGAGCUUUACGACAUUCUUGGUGGACAAUAUCCAGCUCUUGCAACUAAAGGCAAUUAGUUUAAUAAGCGGGAUAUUCUAUUCAUACACACAACAUCGUACUUAUGUAAUAGAUGAAAUACUUCAGCUACUUUGGAAGUUACCAUCCUCAAAGCGAGCACUAAGAUCUUACCACCUACCUGAUGAAGAACAAAGGCAGAUUCAGAUGAUUACUGCUUUGCUGAUUCAGUUGGUGCAUUGUAGUGCAAACCUUCCUGAAGCUUUAAGGCAAUCAUCAAGUGGUAAUCCCAUCUUAGAAGUCUCGAUUGAUUCUAGUUACCCUGUAAAAUGCCAUGAGGCGGCCACGGAGGCAUGUUGUUAUUUUUGGACCCGUGUGCUUCAGCGCUUUGCAAGUUUGAAGACUCAAGAUGUUUCUGAGAUGAAAUCAAUGAUGGAGAAUCUUGUUAUGGAUUUGCUGACAACGUUGAAUUUACCUGAAUAUCCUGCUUCAGCUCCUAUUCUGGAGGUUCUGUGUGUCUUGUUACUCCAGAAUGCUGGGCUGAAAUCUAAAGACAUCUCUGCACGUACGAUGGCCAUUGACCUUCUUGGCACAAUAGCUGCGAGAUUGAAGCGUGAUGCUGUACUUUGCAGAAGGGACAAAUUUUGGGUAUUGCAGGAACUGGUUAAUGCUGAUGGUGCUGCUGAUUGCAGAUAUCCGAAAGAUGCAUGUUCUAUAUGUUUGGAUGGAAGGGUUGAAAAAUUGGUCUUUGUAUGUCAAAGUUGUCAGAGAUCAUUUCAUGCUGAUUGCAUUGGAGUAAGAGAACAUGAAGUUCCUAACAGAAGCUGGCAGUGUCAAUUUUGCCUCUGCAGGAAGCAACUUCUUGUAUUACAAUCAUACUGCAAAUCGCAGUUCAAGGAUGAUGGUAAAAAGAAUCAGAGUCGGUCAGAAAAAAAUCCUGAAGCGUCUGAUCCAAUUACAAAUGCUGAAAUUAUUCAACAGCUGCUAUUGAAUUACCUUGAAGAUGUUGGUUCUGAUGAUGUGCAUCUCUUUGUUCGCUGGUUUUAUCUCUGCCUGUGGUGCAAGGAUGAUCCUAAAUCUCAGCAGAAGUUCAUUUACUACCUGGCUAGAUUGAAAUCAAAAGCAAUAAUACGUGAUCCUGGAACUGCUUCUUCGUUGUUAACAAAGGAUUCAGUCAAGAAGAUUACUUUAGCAUUGGGACAAAAUAACUCUUUUUCUAGAGGGUUUGAUAAGAUUCUUCAUAUGCUUUUGGCAAGUUUGAGGGAGAACUCUCCUGUAAUUAGAGCUAAGGCCCUAAGAGCGGUUAGUAUUAUUGUAGAAGCUGAUCCUGAGGUAUUAUGUGAUAAACGUGUGCAAUUGGCUGUAGAAGGAAGGUUUUGUGACUCUGCAAUAUCCGCAAGGGAAGCGGCGUUGGAACUUGUGGGCAGGCAUAUUUCUUCGCAUCCUGAUGUUGGUUUGAAGUACUUUGAGAAGGUUGCUGAGAGAAUAAAAGACACCGGAGUUAGUGUUCGAAAACGAGCUAUUAAAAUCAUUCGAGAUAUGUGCACUUCUAAUGCCAACUUCUCUGAAUUUACGAAUGCGUGUAUUGAGAUCCUUUCUCGUGUUAGUGAUGACGAAUCUAGUAUUCAGGAUCUUGUUUGCAAGACAUUCUAUGAGUUCUGGUUUGAGGAACCUUCUGGUUCAGAGACUCAGUUUUUUGGAGAUGGUAGUUCUGUUCCACUUGAGGUUGCUAAAAAAACUGAGCAAAUUGUUGAGAUGUUGAGGAGGAUGCCAAAUCACCAACUUCUCGUCACUGUCAUUAAGCGCAACUUAGCUCUUGAUUUUUUUCCACAAUCAGCUAAAGCUGCUGGGAUCAACCCUGUAUCUCUCGCAUCAGUGCGUAAGCGUUGUGAGUUGAUGUGCAAAUGCUUAUUGGAAAAGAUACUACUGGUAGAGGAAAUGAAUGGUGAGGAGGUGGAGGUGCGUGCACUUCCUUAUGUGCUUGUCUUGCAUGCAUUUUGCGUUGUGGACCCGACCCUCUGUGCCCCGUCCUCUGAUCCUUCCCAAUUUGUGGUUACUCUACAGCCAUAUCUUAAGACUCAGGUUGAUAAUCGAAGGGUUGCUCAGUUACUGGAGAGUGUUAUUUUUAUUAUUGAUUCUGUUAUGCCAUUGCUUCGAAAGUUACCUCAAAGCGUUGUUGAAGAACUCGAGCAAGACUUGAAGCACAUGAUUGUUCGGCAUUCCUUCUUGACAGUUGUUCAUGCUUGCAUCAAGUGCCUUUGCUCUGUGGGCAAAGUUGCUGGAAAAGGUGCUACUGUGAUUGAGUAUCUUAUUCAGGUCUUCUUCAAACGUUUGGAUGCCCAGGCAAUUGACAACAAGCAGCUAGUUGGACGGUCCCUUUUUUGCCUUGGAUUGCUUAUCCGCUAUGGCAAUUCUUUGAUGGGCAGCUCCAGUAACAAAACUAUUGACGCUGUCAGUUGUCUCAGCUUGUUCAAAAAAUAUCUCCGAGUAGAGGAUUUCAUUGUAAAGGUUAGAUCAUUGCAGGCAUUAGGAUUUCUUCUAGUUGCUCGGCCCGAGUACAUGUUGGAUAAUGAUAUUGGGAAAAUAGUAGAGGCAACUUUGUCUUCUGGCUGUGAUGUUCGCCUUAAGAUGCAAUCAUUGCAAAACAUGUAUGAGUAUCUUCUUGAUGCGGAAAGUCAAAUGGGAACAGAUAAAGCAAAUGAAAAUGCAAUUCAUUAUUCUGUAGAAGGUGGCCACAGUGUACCUGUAGCUGCGGGUGCAGGAGAUACUAAUAUAUGUGGGGGUAUAGUUCAGUUAUAUUGGGAUAGUAUUUUAGGUAGAUGUUUGGACUUAAACGAACAAGUUCGCCAAGCGGCCCUUAAGAUUGUUGAAAUUGUGCUGCGCCAAGGUCUUGUUCAUCCCAUCACUUGUGUCCCAUACCUUAUAGCUCUGGAAACAGAUCCGCAGGAGGUGAAUUCAAAGUUGGCUCAUCAUUUGCUGAUGAACAUGAAUGAGAAGUACCCUGCAUUUUUUGAAAGCCGUUUGGGGGAUGGCCUUCAAAUGACAUUCAUUUUUAUACAAGCCAUAACUGGCAUUAAUGAAAAUGCAAACCAGAAGGUCCAGUCCAAGGUUCUAGGAAAUGUGAAGGGGAAAUCUGAUGGUGGCUCUGUCUCUCAAGCAAGGCUUGGAGUUUCUAGAAUUUACAAGCUCAUCCGUGGUAACCGGGUUUCAAGAAACAAGUUUAUGUCCUCAAUCGUGAGAAAGUUUGAUAACCCAAGCUGGAAUGAUUCUGUAGUCCCUUUCCUGAUGUACUGUACUGAAAUACUUGCUUUGCUUCCAUUCACAUCCCCUGAUGAGCCACUAUAUUUGAUCUAUGCUAUAAAUCGAGUAAUACAAGUUAGGGCUGGGGCACUUGAGGCAAGUAUGAAAGCCCUGAAUAAUUAUUUGUCACAAAAAGAGGCAGAGAAGAUACCUUAUGACAAUGGACAACUGAAGCCAGCUGUUCAGUCUGAUUUCAAUGAGAUGACUUCCAUGGAUUUGAAUGGGACAAUCCAGCAUGAGCCAGCUGGUCAGCCUAUCUUUGAUCAUAGGAUGCCAAUGGAUUUGAAUGAGAGUAUUCAACAAGAUAUUGCUGAUCAGUCAGUCUUUAAUCAUAGUACCUUAGUGGGGGCAAAAACGCGUAGUAUGAGCUCAGGUGUUUCUUUUAUUCUUUCAGAAGAUGAUCUGCAGAAAGUCCAGGCUGACUGUCUUGCGGCAAUUGCAUUGCAGCUUCUUUUGAAGCUAAAGAGGCACCUUAAAAUUGUCUAUAGCCUGAAUGACGCUCGGUGCCAGGCUUUUUCUCCUAAUGAACCCGUAAAACCAGGAGAUGUUCUCUCCAGACAAAACAUUCCCCUUAACAUCAGUGAAACACGCAUCAGUUUGCCUGCCACUUAUCAAGAUCUGAUACAAAGAUAUCAGGAAUUCAAGAAUGCUUUGAAGGAAGAUGCUAUUGAUUACUCAAUUUAUACAGCAAAUAUAAAGAGGAAGCGCCCUACCCCCAGAAAAGGACGGAAAUCUGUAUAUGGGGGAGGUGAUGAAGAUGAUAUUGAUGAUGAAGAGUGGACAGGUGGGGUUCGAAGGCUAAGUAAUAGUGGCAGGAGAGGUAACAGCAAUAGGGGAAGUAGGCAACGAUGAUAGUUGUAAGUAUAUGACAGGUAGGCUAACUUGUACAUUAAGUAGGAAAGGAAUAGAAAUAGGAUAGGAGAGAGAAGAGAAUAGAAAUCUGGAAACAGUGGAAAGAAAGGCACAUAAGGGCCUGGGAUAGUACUGGCUCUAGAUGAGCACUUUCUCUAGCUGUUUCCUUCUUGUAACUUGCUUGACAUGAUAGGCACAGCAUUCUUUUUGUUAAUGAAAUUUAAUUUCUGUAAA